AAGUGCUCUCAGUGAGAUAUUCUGCGGGUUACUAGAGACGCUUCUCUAUCCGCAGCGUUCAUGACUUCAGCUUUAUAAACCACUGACAGGUUCAUCUGGACGGGCCGUGAUACGCGUCGUGCGCUUCUGAUAUAGGUGAGAUAUAAUCAAAUUCUGAUAAAGAGUCUGAUUGUUACGGUGCAGUCGGAUGAUCUUCUCUCAGGCCCGGAUUAAUUGUGCGCGCGCACGGGUUUAACCAAGCUGUCUAGAACAGUACAACUUCUCAACAGCCACCUUGUGACUUUUAAGCUGGUCUUUACUAGAAUCACAUCUACAAUGUCAUUUAUAUUUGACUGGAUCUACAGAGGCUUUAGCGGAAUCCUGCAGUUUUUAGGUUUGUAUAAGAAGUCUGGUAAGCUGGUGUUUCUUGGUUUAGACAACGCUGGAAAAACGACUCUACUGCACAUGCUGAAAGAUGAUCGAUUAGGACAACAUGUGCCUACUUUACAUCCCACAUCAGAGGAGUUGACCAUUGCUGGAAUGACCUUUACUACAUUUGAUCUGGGUGGUCAUGUACAAGCACGGAGGGUGUGGAAGAACUAUCUACCUGCCGUCAACGGCAUCGUCUUUCUCGUUGAUUGUGCCGAUCACGAGCGCCUCGCAGAAUCAAAGGUGGAGCUUGACGCUUUACUCUCAGAUGAGACCAUCUCAAGUGUGCCGGUCCUGGUGUUGGGAAACAAGAUCGACCGACCAGAAGCUGUGAGUGAGACGAGUCUACGAGAGAUUUUCUGUCUGGAUGGACAAACCACAGGGAAGGGUAACGUCUCUUUGAAGGAGUUGAACGUACGGCCGUUGGAGGUCUUCAUGUGCAGCGUGCUGAAGAAACAGGGUUAUGGAGAAGGUUUCAGAUGGCUUUCACAGUAUAUUGACUGAGAUCUGAGACAUCUGCCCUGAUUUCAUUUCUGCUCUUGGUAAUUAGCAGCUCAUAUAAAGCAAUUAGUCGAUUUUACCCAUAAGUCAGUUCUUCUGUUAACACUUUCCUGCAUAUGCGGAUGGAAAUUUUACAUUUAAUAUACUAAAAUGAUCUCCUAUAAAGUUAAUUGAAGUCAUUUUACUUUGACCAGUGGCAUUUAAAAGUGCAUGCUUGUAAGUAGAUGACAUAAUUUGACAGGUUAUUUUUAAAUGCUUAAAAUAUAAUCCAUAGUUAAAUAUCAUUACUUCAGCAAUGUAGUACCAUUAUUAAUCUUCUUCCUUUAAGAAUGAUGAAGUUUUUUUAUUAUAUUAUCUGACAACCUCAGUGUUUUAAAAUCCGAUCCUAACAUGCUGAGAUAGUCGGUGUGUGUUGUAAUUUACUUUGUACAAUAUCAGUUCUCAGUUGUAGAUAAUGUUCAUAUGAUCAGAUGUUUAGUGAUUGUCAUCAUCAUAAAGCGGCAGAUGAGAUGUUUUUCUGCUGUAGAUGUUUUUGAUGAUCAGACGAGAGUCUGAUGAGAGAUCACCUACAGCACACACAUGCGUUCAUGUCAUUGUAAUAUACAACAGAUUUUUCCAGAUGUGUAAAUAUUGUGUACAAAUGAAGUAUAAAUGUGUUGUAUUGUUUAUAGCCUUGAAUUAAAUGUACAGGUAUCUGCCAUGUGAAAACAUCUAUAAAGAUUUUGAGGAAUGUGCACA